AUGAUGGACCAAAAUAUAUUCAAUAAAAACAAUAUAAAUACAAACUCUCGGGGAAUUCUAUACAACACACCGGAAAUGACAUCAAUGAUUAUCUCAACGGAGAGCAUUCUUCCUGAACAAAAUAAUGCAUAUAUUCAAAACUACAACUUCCCUGGAGCCAAUCGGCAGUUGUAUGCAAAUUCAGCAAGAUACCCUUCGUACCAGAACAAAAGUCCAGUUACCUUACCAACUCCUAUAAAUCCACAACCAAAUGUGUAUCAGCCUGCACGUGACUUAAAUCUCCGACUAUCAUGGACCACAAUUUUACCUACCGGAAGUACGAUGGAUGAAUUUGCUAUCAUAAAGGAUAAUGAAAUGUUAAUAUAUGUUAUAUCCGAUCAAAUUCCUCAUCACAGUAACCUUGACAAGUCAUCAACCCUUCUGGAUUUCACUGUUGGUCACAUGGCAAUGAGAUUUGAUAUUCUUGGAACCAACGGUCAGAUAUGUUUUGUGACGCAUACAUCAGCCAAAUUCCAGAAAACAAAAGAAGCACUACAGAACAGAGCAGUGACGCAGGUUGUGAGACUUGCAGAUCCUAUACAACUGUAUGCAGAGCUAACAACUCACGUAUCCCAACAUGAUCUUCAUAGAGUAGGCGGACCGGCCUUCUACAAGUUCUGCAAGGCGGCAAUCAAACAAGACAAUGUUUAUGAACUUGUGAUGGAACCAACCGGAAAUGUUGGUGGUACUUCAUUCACCGGAUCUGGACUAGUUUACCCUUCGGAACCCGGACUGUCAGUGCCAAUUACUGUUAAUGUAGAAAGCAUGAUUAAUUUGAAAAAUAAACGUUUUUAA